CACGCUGAAAUAAAUUUGUUCAGAUUUGUAGUGCUCCCUCUGAGCCGCUGACGGUCACCUUUCCGCUGGCGUUCUUAGGGACGUUGUGGCAGACAGCUUCCCUCCUUAAAGUACCUGCAAAAGGAGGAUACAUUACAUUUAACCUGAAAUUAAAGCAGGUGAUAAUAAUGUAGGCAACUUUAGCAAUAUUAAAAUUUCAAGGUCUGUUUUCAUCUCAUUCCUUAUACAUAUAAAGGACCUAUGUAUUACGUACAGUGUAAGAGGAACAAUAUGUAUGGUUAAAUAUCACAAAAUAAAUGUAAUUUUAAAAGUAAUAAUGAAGAUACAAAACAGAAAGGUGUUCCGUGGAACCUUUUAUUUUUUUUUUUACUUACAUUGUUAAAUGCUCAUUAUAUGAAAACAUACGCGAUCUGGGGCUGUUUUGCAGGAUUUGCAUGGUCAGAUUUGCAGGACACGUUCCUUGUGCUUCCUGAAGGGGCACGUAUCCCCAAGUGUAAUCUUGGGAGGCACACUUCCAGAAGACUUGUAAGAUACGAACAACUCAGUGUGUCUUGGAACUGAAAAACUAAACUUCAACAGAAUUUCACAGCUUUGUGAAACUAUAAAGUUUUUGUUUUGUUUUGUUUUGUUUUUUAAAUGAGCCUACUCUAAUAUAGGCAAGUAAUAUAUGCGAUAUAUGCCAGGAGAUGAGCUAUUAAAGAGUUAACAUGGUAAUAAAGGUCUGCAUGUUUCCGUCUAUGACAAACUGGUGUUCUCCACUCCCUUGCGAUGUCUCUCCUCUUCCCAUUGCAAGUUUUCAUUUUGCUGCAAAUCCACUUGAUGUAUUUGGCUUCCUGGGCAGCGGCAAGGCAGAGGAUGGCAGCUGGUAGGGAGGCAGCUCUGAGGCAGACCUGGUUACUUGCCCCACCUUGCUGCACUUCGCUGGUUGUCUGGUGUCAAUACACAACUCAGCAUUUCCAGCUGGCAUCCAAAGUCUGAGAACAAACAGUGCCUUCAGCUGCCAGGUCAGACAGCAGCUCUGUAUCUUCACUGUUCAGGUGCCAACAGCAUGCUUGCCUCUAGGCUGUUUUGUCAGUGCUAAUUUAGCUGCAUGUUAGUACACUUAAAGUGCUAACCAGCCCUUCAGCUACUCAAACACUAUGAAUUAUUGUCAGUCCCCCAUUCAGCAAAACAAUCUGUUUUGUGAUGCACAAGAGGCUUUCUAGCAGCAUGUUGUGCAGGUCUAUAUAUGCAGCAAUUAAAAAAAAAAUCUACUCCUGGGCAUGGACUUUAAUUGCAGCUGAUAAUUGCCAGAUAUCAGAAAAGCCGCAAACAGCAGUUGGACCACGGUGCAGAUACUGGACAACCCAUCUUUAGGCCUCCAAGCCAAUCUCCAUUAUUCAUCUGAAUUAUUCCUAUCAGAACAUUAAGUUUACUUUUUAUUUUCAAGCUCAUCAAAGCAUGAUAUACUGACAUCAGAAAAGGAUGUUUUAUGUGGAAGGAAAGAAGCUUUUUUGGGUGCAUGUGUGCUACUGGAAUAAAGAAGACACACUAUAUGCAAUAUUUCAAUAUUUUAAUCUCUUCACAUAUAAUUUCCCAAUCUGUUGUUUUAUAAGAACACGUGACUAAACCUGAACUUACUCAUGAGGUACUCAAUUAUGCUGAUUUUGUAAAACACAUAUGUACCCAUUUGCUGCUACAUUCAACCCAUUUUCAUUCCCUAGAUGAAGUUCAGUUGCUCUGCCAUUAAGCAAAGGUACUAUCUAAUAAAAUGCAAGUAUUUCAGUGGUUUCCUAUUCUGAAAAUGUAGAGGAGAUUUCUAAAAUGAAGGUUUAUGUGUCAUUGACAACAGAGAAAUAGUAAGGCACAAGUUAUUUUUAUCAUAAUAGGUUUUAUUUUGUAAAAAUUAAGAAUUUUUUGGGGGGGGCUGUAGACUUAUCCUGUGGGAAGAGUUAUUACAACUGUUACUUGGUGUAGUAAAAUAAUAUUUUCUGUAUUUAGGAAGGAGCUCGGAAUCUGUUUCGUCUCUAGGUGGCAGCAGUGGGUGCCUUUGGAGGAUUAAUUCCAGGUUAUUUCUUCCAUUGUCAUCUUCAUUUCAUGCGCAACCCCAUCAGCUUAAAGUUUGAUGUUUCUCUUAUAAAAUGGGGAUAACAGACAUGUAUUAAAAGUCUUGCUAUUGUACUCUCUAAUUUGGUACAAUCACAUAUGAGUGCAGAGCCUCAGGAUGUUCUUUGGUUCACUAAGUUGCUGUUCUACAUGGUCAAUACAAAUUUUUGAGGUGAAAAAUAAGUGUUUCAAUCUGUUUUUCAAGAUUUAAAAGAAAUCUGUGUUGUACUGGAGGGCACCUGCUUUUCACACCUGGCCCAGACUGAUGGAGAGGGGUAGUCAUGGCAAAAAACUGCUAACUUUAUGUAGUCUAGUCCACAUCCAGGUUGUCACAGCCUUGUCUUACUUUUGCAGUCACAUCCAUCAGGCUCCCAGUGAAGUGAAGAUUAUGAAGAACCAGCAGUCCAGUGUGUUCCAGUGGAUUUUAUGCAAGGGAACCAGUAAAGAAUGACUGCAUCAACUACGAAGACGAUCUAGAUUUAUGCUCUACAGAGUAGGCAUGCAUCAAUGAAGUUAGCUUAAUAUUUCAAUCAAGAAUACGGGAAAAUGGAAGUACUUUUGUUUUGAUUUAGCUUGCCAUAAUAAAAACAUGUAACCAACUUUUGUCUGCAUAAAGCACUACAAAUAGGAAAAAGGACUCUGCUGUAGGAAAGCAUUUAGAUUUAUUCUGACUUUCCUUCACAUUAAAUGAGGACAGAAUGACAACAGUGACAAUCUAAUGCAUGAUGAAAUUUACCAAGCAGAAUUUUAUUUUUUUAGUUGGUGGAAUUAUAGUUUAUAUAGCUGAUAUUGGACUGGAUUUCUGGGUUGCUAGUAAAUAUUUCUAUCAGGGACAAUAUUGUUGGGCCAUACUGAUACUCUGUUUUAGAGGCCUUUCAUCAUUAAUAACUCAGAUAUUCAGUUAUCAAUGGUUUAAAAAUGACUGGAAAUGUACUGAUCCUGGGAAGCUGGACUGGAUUUUUCUAGUUCAUUUCUUUCACUGUGGAAUUUUUAUAAGAUAUUGGUUUGCUUUGAAAUAUGGAUGCCAGGCUGCAUUUAGGCAAGACAGCAGUGGAGAUGUAUCAGAAACAGACCAUCCCAACAUCAUUCAGAAACAAGCUAUUGAUGUACUGACUGAUAUUAACAUGCUCAGGGUAUUCAAGACUUUUCUUGAGACCACACCACAGCUCUUUGUUCAGAUUUACAUACUCAUGGAACAUGACGAACAUAAUUUCUAUCAAUAUGCUGCCAUUAUUAUUUCAUUUUGUGGUAUUUCCUUUUCAAUGGUUGAUUAUCAAAUAUCACUGCGAAAAUCUCUGCCUGAUAAAGAGGAAUUUCAGGUGCUCCCCAAGUUAGUGUAUCUCUUCUAUAAACUGCUUACCAUCACUUCUUGGAUACUCAGUAUUUCAUUGAUCACUCUACUAAGUGUUAGAAGUUCUGUAAUUCUGCUGAUACUUCUUUGGAGCUGUGGCUUUGCCUGGACUUUGAAACAGCACACAACAUUUUGCAAGUCCAAGGAGAUGGAAUACUUGUACAGAACUGUUGUUGGAAUCAUUCUACUUUUCACUUUUUUUAACAUAAAGGGGAGAAAAACAAAAGCUUUCAUUUCUAUUUAUUAUGCUACUCACACCCUUGUAACUGUAAGUAUUUUGCUUGUAUGUUCAUUUUGGAAACCUGCUGUUAUCAAAGAAGUACAUUUUACAAUUGUGAGCAUCUUAACUAUUCUUAGUCUUGUGUUAGGUGUUAUUUUUCUUGUUGUUUAUUACAAGUAUUUUCAUCCCACUACUUACUGCAAACAACAGACAUUUUUUGAUGAAGUUGAUAGAAGGGGAGGAGGCAACAUGGAAGUUGGUAGAUUUCAAAAUUUCAUAAUGCAAUGAGCAGUGGGGGUUUUGGUGUAGAUUGCAAAGCAAACACUUGCUGCAGAGUGUGCUUCCCUGCCGUUGUUUCUUACGUAUUUUCACUAAGUAGCACAUAACAGACUGGAGUUAUUGGCUCUGAAUAACUUUUCUGUGAUGCUGUAUAAAGCCUUUCUAACAUGAAUAUUUUUCUAUGUGCUAGUCAGUGUUACUUUUUAAAAGGAAUUUAUUUAUCAAUCCAACCCCAUUCACUGUUUUAGUUUUCAGCAGUGCAAAUAAAACACAGGAAAAGCUAAAAGCAAGUCAAAUGAAA